GUCUCUGUGCGAAAUGUUUUCGAAUAAAACGAUUACUUUCUGCUUGACAAAUGUGCGUGACAAAAAUGAUUUGGAGCGUGCAUUGAAAUUGGUUAAGCAAAACUUUGGAUCAAUUGAUUGUGUCGUUACGUGUGCAGGUGUUUUAAAUGAAAAAGACUACCGACUGACAAUCGAGGUUAAUCUGUUGGGUGUGAUUCAUACAAAUAAUAUUGCAAUGGAAUAUAUGACCAAAGAAGCCGGCCAUAAUGGUGGUUUAAUUGUAAAUAUUUCAUCAGUGGCUGGAAUAGACUGUGCACAGUUCAGUACUCCCGUUUAUAACGCAACCAAACACGGUGUUGUCGCCUUCACACGAAGCAUGGGUGAUAAUUUUUUCUAUGAAAAGUCUGGAAUUUUUAUUACAAUAUGUCCAGGGGUGACAUUGACGACAUUCUUGAAUGAUUUAGAUCGUAAAGUGAUCACUGUGGAGGCGUUUGAGUAUUCCAGUAAAAAGUUGAAUCAUGUUUUAAAGCAAACAGUUGACGAAUUUGCAGCCGCUUUUAUUGAUGUCUUAAACCAGGAUAAAAAUGGUUCUGUUUGGCUAAUUGACGGCGGUAAAUUCAAAGAAAUCACUUUUCAAAAUCCUUGGCACGACAAUAGAAUUUAAAGUCAAAGCAAAAAGAUCAAUGA